AUGGCGGACGUUAUUUCUAUGAUAGCAGGUAUCGGAUCGAUACUGAAAGCCUUUGGAUCGACUGGGGUAUACCUCAGGAGUGUCUCGAACGCGUCGAAAGAGGCGCAACUCAUAGCUGAUCAAUUACAUGCGACAGAAGCCAUUCUCAAAGCUCUCAAGACUAGUCUCGAAGUCUCACCACCCUCUUCCAGCUCAUACGCUGCUUGGGCUGAUUCGAUGAACCUCGUCCUUGGAAAAGUCCGAUCCAUCAUCGAUAACCUAAAUACGAAGCUUUCUUCCCAGCGCGGUGUGGUCAGAUUGAGCUUCAGAAAAAAGAAUCUGAAAGCAUACUGGCAUAUGAUAUCAAUAGCUCAAACGUCUUUGACUAGUGGCAAUGCGCAAACUGUUCAGAAGUCGGCACGAGAGAUCGAUGACAUGUUGACACAGGUCGGAAAUCGACACCCCUCAACGAUGGUCCGGUCGAACGCGAAGACGAUUACACCUUGGGAUUCGGUCUCCCAGAUAAGCGUGCAAUCAUCAGAGACAAAGAGUAGUCUGGUUGAAAAAGCAGUUGGUAUAUGGUGUCAGCGCGGCAAUGCACGGUGUGUACAACAACCAAUCUGUUCACUAGUAACAUUCGCUGAUAAUAGAAAACUCAGCGAACGAUCAGGGGAGCAGAAACGCCUACAGAAAGCAAAGCCUCCCUUCACAAUCUCGGAAAGUUCGUGGACACCGCCGGUAUACUUGAACACCUACGAAGCAUCCAUUGAACUUUCCAGUCUUCGGUUUCGUCGACGGGGAUCGCAGGCUACUGAGCCUCGAGAACUAGGCCAGGGCUCUCUCACUCUCGCAAUCACCCAAGACGGUAGCAGAAUUCGUGUAUACUAUUCUGUUAUCUCAACUUCAGUACCAUAUGAAUGUCAGCUAAACCCACAGAACCCCGGAAUGGAUAUCAUAACCAACAACAGUGCCACCUUCCGUUGGCCAGUGUCCGAGAAUGGUUAUGAAUCGACGACAGAAGAGAUUCUCACUCUCACAUUCUACAACGCUUAUGGUGAGCACCACGAUUCCAGAGGCAAUCAUGUCCAACUAACUCGCCAAGGGAAACCUGCGGAUGAAUGCAAGACCAACUUCUUGUUCAUGCUUAAUACGCUUUGCAAGGAGGCUAAAAAGGUUCAAGGGAUGAGCAUGCGUCAGCGUAGAAAAGCAGCAAGUUUACAGGGUUAUAGUCGACUGCCAAAUUUCUAUCAACUCGAACAGACAAUAACUCCUACUCCAAGCGUCAACCCGUCGAAUCAUCGACACUUCUUGACUGACGCCUAG